AUGGCAUGCCCAUUCGUGCGAGAUGUGGUGGAUGAAGAAGCACUUGUGCUGAGGAGAGCCUUCAGGCGAGAAAGGGUCUUCAGGGACCGGUUGGACCCACUGGCCUUCCCUGAUGACCAUCUAUAUGAAAGAUACAGGUUUUCUGCAGAUGGCAUCAGGUAUCUAUGCAGACUACUGGGUCCCAGGAUUAAGCACCGCACUGCACGGAGCCAUGCACUGAGUGUGGAGCAAAUGGUUUGUGUGGCCUUGCGCUUUUUUGCUAGUGGAGCCUUCCUGUACUCAGUGGGGGAUGCAGAACAGCUGAACAAGGCCACAAUUUGCCGCACAAUAAGGAGUGUGUGUCUGGCUAUCAAAGCAUUAGCAGAUGUCUUCAUCUCCUUCCCUGGCCACAGAAGACUCUGUGACAUCAAAGAGGAGUUCUAUAGGAUUGCAGGUUUCCCCAAUGUCAUUGGUGCAGUGGACUGCACACACAUAAGGAUAAAAGCCCCCUCAGGUGCCCAUGAGGCCGAUUUUGUGAAUAGGAAAUCCUUUCACAGCAUUAAUGUUCAGAUGGUCUGCAAUGCUGACUGUGUGAUCAGCAAUGUUGUGGCAAAAUGGCCUGGCUCAGUCCAUGACUCCAGAAUCUUUCGGGCCUCUGAAAUCUAUCAGUGCCUAUCACAAAGUGAAUUCUCUGGUGUGUUGCUGGGAGACAGGGGGUAUGGCUGCCAGCCUUUUCUCCUGACACCUUUCACAGACCCCCAGGAAGCACAGCAGGCCUACAACCAUGCCCAUGCCAGGACCAAGGCCAGAGUUGAAAUUACCUUUGGCCUCCUGAAGGCACGCUUUCACUGCCUUCACAAAUUAAGGGUCAGCCCUGUUAGGGCAUGUGAUAUUACUGUGGCUUGUGCUGUCCUCCACAAUGUGGCCUGCCUGAGGAAGGAGAGGGCCCCCAGAGUGCCACCAGCCAUGGACUGGGACAAUCCGUCAAUCUUCCCUGAUGACGACAGUGGUCGGCUGCUGAGGGACCAAUAUGUGUUGAAUUAUUUUAGUUAGUAUGUGUGCUUUCAAUUUUGGUUAAAUAUGUCCUGCGGUGGCAGAGGAAUUUGGUUUUUUUGGGGUUUGUUUUUUUACGAAUUUGGCCUCUUAUGAUGUUUGUGCGGUAUACUGUGUGUAAUACAAGGCUGCAGGGAGGCUACUGCAUCCAUUAAUUUGUCUGUUCAGUUGAUGUGUAUGGAUUUGUCCUGCAUUUAUUUUAGUGUGCAGACAUGCAGGGUGUGUUAUAUACAGACCUUUGAAUGUGUAUGUAUCAUUUUGUAUAAUAUGCUUGGAUUCUGUGCUUUCCAUCUUGUAGAGUCACUGUGACUUCAGUUUCGAAAGGAGCUGACGGUUUACCUGCUUUGUUUUGUCCUUAUUCAAUAAAGGAACAUAAUGUUACACAUUGUGUUUUUAUAUUCA